AUGGUUCUACACUUCUUACAGAGAUCCCUAUACGACGCAUAUGGCAGUGCUCGAAGCACUUUCCACUCUUUUAGGCAGACCCUGGAAAGUGAUACUGCUAGCACAGAUGUAGCCCAAGAGCAUGUUUUAGGCUUCAUGGAUAGAGUCCAUCUUAUGGAGCUCAUUGAAAUGGCUUCGAAUGCAUACCACACCCAUGAUCUGGACACUGUACUUGCCAGAUUUGGGUAUGAUGGAGAUGGAGUACGAGCAAAAGCCUUUAGGUACAAUGGGAGGGUGGUCAUUGCAUUCAAGGGGACAACGCUCUCGGUGAUGGGUGUAGGAAUAGGAAAAACCUCCAGAAAAGAUAAGCUCCUGGAUAGGAUCCUGUACUCCAUAUGUAAAGACAAGGGAUGCGAAGAAGAAAAGAUCAGAGAGUUCGAAAGCAUCGGGUACUUCAGCGAUGCCUUGAAGAUAGUCGACUCUAUAAAGAAGAUGUACCACGAAGACAAGCCGAUUCUUGUUGGCCAUUCUCUUGGAGGAACAAUUGCAUCGCUGCUUGGAAUCAGGAACAGCUUGCCUGUGAUUGCUUUUUCCUCUCCUGGAGAUGCACACAUAGCAAGCAUUCUUGGGCUCUACGAUAUAGAAAAACACUACAGCAAUAUUGUGCAUGUUGGGAUGUGCAAUGACGUUGUGUUCAGAGGAGAGUGUAACAGGCCAUACAGCCCCUGUAAUAUCCUUGGAUAUAGCAUAGAAACAAGAUGCCAUAUUGGAAGGUCCUUGUGCAUACAGGAUGGAGGGUGGGACAGCCUUAUAUACCACCCCAUAGAUGUUAUGAAGGCAAAGAUCACAUUGUCGGAAGAAAUAGUACUAAUUGAAGACAACAAGAAUACAAACUGUGUUUAUUAG